ACAUUUCCCGCGCUUGGUGGUAGAGAAGGAGACACCAUAGCACGCUUCUCCCCCAAGAUGUCACAGAUAGCAGUAUUUGCACGUCUCCGUCCUCCUGACUCUCAGCCAUACGAGAAACUCUCUGUAAAAGGGAACAAGAUAUUCGUGUCCUUUGGUGAUAAAGAAGAAACAGGAAGAUAUGCUGUGUCCCAAUACAGAGAACACUCAUUCUCAUUUAGACACGUUUUCACACAGUCCUCAACUCAAGAAGAAGUCUAUCGGAUUGUCGGAGAGAAGAUGGUAGAGAAGUUUCUUCAAGGCUACAACGGGACCAUUUUUGCUUACGGACAGACAGCUUCCGGGAAGACCUACACCAUUGAAGGAAGCCCACGCUGUUAUGAUGAGCGUGGGUUGGCACCGAGGAUCAUAUCCGACGUGUAUAAGAGAUUGGAGGAGAGGAGAGAGAGGGAGGAAAUUAAUAUGCAUGUAUCGUUUAUGGAGAUAUAUCAGGACAGUGCUUAUGAUUUACUGAACCCAAUAAACAGAGGAAUAACAAUCAAUACCGUAUUGCCUAAGGUUAACAUUACUGUGGGCCCCAGUGGUGAGGUUCUGCUCAAAAACCUCUCAACCCAUUUGGCUCCAACAGACCAAGUGGCCAUUAAUCUUUUAUUUGAAGGUUGUACUUGUCGUAAAGUUGCAGAGACAAUAAUGAACACUUCUUCCUCUCGAUCUCACUCCAUAUACACACUCACCCUCACUGCUCAGGAGCUAGGAUCAGAAAUACGAACUAAGUCAAAACUCCAUCUUGUUGAUUUGGCUGGCUCAGAGAGGGUAGCCAAGACUGGUGCUGAUGGCAUUGUCUUGCAAGAAGCAAAAUACAUCAACUCAUCACUUCACCAGCUGGAGCAUGUCAUUGUUAGCUUACAGAAGCACUCUUCUUCCUUCUCCUCCCAGUCACCCACUCACUCAAGACCCAGUAGUAGAUUUGUACCAUAUCGUAAUUCACUAUUAACUAUGAUGCUAAGAGAUAGUUUAGGAGGCAACUGUCUUACUUCAAUGAUAGCUACACUCUCUCCUAAUGCUCUGAAUAUUAAUGAGACUGUAUCAACUUGUAGAUUCUCUCAGAGGGUAGCCUGCAUAUCUAAUAUUGCCAAGCGUAAUGAAGAGCUUGACGAUAAAGCUGUUAUAAAACAAUUAAAGAAAAGAGUGAAAGAGUUAGAAGAGGAACUAUCAGCUUUAAAACAACAUCAACCUGUGGAGGAACAACAAGCAGAACUGCCUCUGACUUCAAAAGAUAAAAGUUCCUGUCACAAGAUACUGUAUGAAUUUCUUCAUGGAAAUAUUGAUGAUCCUGUGUUAGCAGGCAUCAACUCUCCUGUUAAAUUCCGUGAGUGUCUCUCAAUUAUGAAAGAAGUUGUCCUUCAUUCUGUUAGAAAUAAGAGGAACAUCAACAACUUUGAUAGCAAUAAGACCGGACCAAUUACUAAUGGACAUGUGGAACACCUCUUCGCCCCUAGCAACCCGGACAAGUUCCCUAGCAACAGUAGUCCCAAUGGCAAUGCAGCUAAAAAUACUAAACCUUCCACUGAUAGUAGCCUUAGCAACGGUGACCAUGGCGAUAGUGACCGUGGCAACGGUAUCCAUAGCAAUGAUUCCCUUGAAUUGAAAAAUCAUUCUGGAGAUGACAGUCCUCUUCCUCUUAAGGCUGUUGGUUGCCGGCUCUCCUCAAAGAGAAAGGAGAGGAUUAAAGUAGCAAGGAAGCAGCUUGAGAAUGAUAUUGCUUGUAUGAAACUUCAACUAACGGAAAAUCAAUUAAAUGGUGAUUUAAACUCUGUAUCAAGGCCUAGCAAGAUAGAAUUCCCUCACCAACCCUCACACCAUCAACAACAUCAAGAGAUGUUAAUAAUGAAAGAGAAAGACUCUUCCUCCACUUCACCUCCUCACCAUCAAACAAAACAUGAGCACAUUUUCACCAAAGAUGCCACCACUAGUCCUCCACAUUCAAGACUCCCUACUAGUAAUAACGCUAACAAUAACUAUCGUCAUGGUAGCUUUAGAAUGCUUAAGACAUCACCCGAAGCUCACGGGAUUAAGAGGCCCGGUACUCUCGUUACGAAUAAAGAGAAAAUAACUUUACAAGUGACACCUUCAGAUCCUUUUCCAUCCAGUCAGGAAGAAGAGCCUUUGAGAUUGUUACAGUUAGAGAAGCAGCUUGAAAUGAAAGAGGCUGCAACAAGACAAAGGUUACUAUCACUAAAACGACAGCUUCUAGCUGAGCAAAAUAAAGAAUCUCAUGACUCACAGACUCAAUCCCAUACCCUGCCAAAGAUUGGGAAUGAGAGUUUUGGAACGAAAAAGUACCAACUUGUUUCAACUCAAACCCUAGGACCUUCAGUAGUACCAGCAGUUCAAUCCAUUAAGAGGAGGGAGGAGAAGGAGGAGCCUGUUGUACCAGGUGAUGUACAUUAUGCACUCUCUCAUAAGAGACACAGAGAGAGGGUGAACAGAAUCAGACAAUGUGUGAAUGCAGCUGUUGUUAUACAGAGGGCAUGGAGACAAUAUAAGAAUUAAUAACUAUUGCUUUAGUGACAAUGAAAAUGAAUGGAUAUAAUACAUGUAUAAUGAAGAAAUUAUAUUUUUAUUGCUGCAAUAAUAAUUGAUUAUUAUUAUUGAGUUUAAUUUUAAUUAUGUUGAUGAUAAUUUAUUCACAAGAUGCA